CUGGAGUUGAGCUCAUCAAAUUGCGUGGUAAUAGGGUAACAGCGGCCAGGCUUAGUACGUUUUGCCCGCGCCAGGGUGUAGCUGGCACACCUGAGCUGAGGCCGGCUCUACCAAGGCUGAGGCAACGUGAACAUACAGCUGCAUUGGAGAGACGGUGGCAAUUGGAAGGCAAUAUUAUGCUGCCUCUUGUUUCCAGGCACUAGCCCAAGUCCGUAUCUCAAUACCACGACAGCUAAAGUGCUGCCGGCCUAGCGCGUGUGGAGAGCCAUGGCGCGAAUUCCGUACCUUGAUGCUAGCAGGACCUUCAUUUAGCACGGGCCACGUCUAAAACGGAGGCUAGGCCGUCCGUGACCCGUCCCCUACCAGAACCCAGCGAGGGCCCCUCACUAGCAUGGCGUAGUCUCGCCUCUAAACUCCCCGAAAUCCAGGCACGAGAUUCGGCCUCGCUAGGGGCGAUGCGGCAACGAGUUCCAGUUCUUUUGCCUUCCCAAGACCCCGGAUAUGGUACAUGGCCCAUGUACCGCCCGCCGCAGGCCUGCCCAACCAACAAAGAAAAACGGCUAAACUACAGAAUCCGAAGGCCUGCAUUGACUUGCUCAGUCUGCAAACAAGCGGGCUCAGUGCUUUGGCGCUGGCUUCUCCAGCGACCAAGGGCCGGCGCCAGCGCAUCCAGCAGCGCAACCGCGGCUUCGCAUUGCGACGAGGCGCACUUCCAAUUCCGUCUGCCCCUCCAUUUCGGGCCUCACCGACAACAAUGCGUACUAACGUACCGUGCUAGGUACCGCCAUCUGCCCGCCUUUUCUGCCGCCGCCACAAGCACGCCAGCCCUCGACGACGCUUGCUUGAAACGCACCGGCGAUGCGCCUGGAAGACUGCUUUCCCACCGGGACACCAUCUCAACCUCCCUCUCGCGCAGACUCGCUGCUUGGCCCUUCUGGCUGACUGACUCGGGCUUACGAACUGUGGCAUUAUUCGCUGCUACUACUAGCUGACACAGCCGCCCCUCGCCCAGAGGCAAAGAGGGUGUUUACG